UCACUGUGCGCAGAGCAUGCUUCGCAAAGUGUCAUGGCGUCUCCCUUGAAGGGGGCUUAGUCCUGUAAAAUCUAGCGAUUGGCAGUAGCGUCUUUCUUCUCUAAAUAGGUCUGUUAAAAAACAUUUUCUGAUCAAAAGGGAUAUUUUUCAAGACAAAGACGUCACAAUGGGGACUGUCCACGCCAGGGUAAAUCUUAAUUUCUUACAACCACGAGACGUGGGGAUGAAAUUCUGCAUGACCUCCCCGUUCAGUGUCUAUUGUAUGGCGGUGUACUAGUAUGGACGAACGCGUAGGCCUUGGACUAGGUACAGAAAUGACAUUAAUGUCAAAGAGUUGUACGACAUGAGGCAAAUUGUUAUUGAACUAUAUUUUAUGUAAUGUUAAUGAAUACUAUGUAAAUAUAAUGUUAUGCAAUAUAGAUUGUGUCUGGUCUGUCAGCAUGCUAGCAAAUUUACAGGUCCACCUUGACAAAACAAAGCUAGCUAGCUAUCUAAGCAUGAUAAAAUCGUCACAUUAUUUUUCCUCGUUCUCGACACUGUUCAGAGUAUGGACCCUCUCCCGAUGCACGGGCGUGACAUGGGCGUUCAUCCCGACGACAUGAUUGAGGUGCAGGAGGCAGAACAAGAGACUAAACAGGAGGUCCUGGAAAACAAAGACGUAAGCAUCUCUUAUCCAAGCUACUCAAAUGACAAGUUGUUUGCCAUCUCAUUAGCAAAGGGAGCAGCGUAAAUCAUUGAUCACCUAGUUGUAAUGGAUGCUGAGAACCGGACUAUCUGCCCAUUCAUUGCAGGUUGUUGUCCAACAUGUCAACAUUGAGGGCUUGGGCAGAACUAAAGAGGAUCUGCUGGGCUAUGAAAUCUCUGAGGUCUUCGAUGCUAAAAACCUUAUUGAUGUAAGUAUGAGCACUCUGGACUCCACAUACAUAAACAUGCACACAUAACCUACACACACACUCUGAAAUGUUCCCUUGUCUAAGGUGAAACAUCUAUGCUAAAAGCUGUUUGUUGUGUCUUUGAUAGGUCAUGAAGAAGUCUCAUAUUGCCAGACAGAAACUGCUGCGUAUGGGCAUUUUCAAAGAGGUGGAGGUCGUCAUUGAUACAUCAGAUGGUACAGUGUGCACCCAUAAACAGCUGUGUGUAUGUGUGUGUGUGUCUGACACAAUAUCACGACCCAUCUCAAUCAUGAGAUGUUGCCAAUAUGAAAGGAUAACCAGUAAAUAGAUAAUUGUGUCACUGGAGAGGAGCCGUAUGUUAGUCUACCUGUGCUCACAGUCUGUUUUGGUCUACCCCUCCCAGGUGCGGACGCGUUGCCCAAUGGUCUGGACGUGACGUUCGAGGUGACAGAGAUGAAGAGGCUGACGGGCAGUUAUAACACCAUGGUCGGCAACAACGAGGGCAGCAUGGUGAGAGAAUACACAGGCACACCACUCUCUCACACACACACAUACAGUGAGGGAAAAAAGUAUUUGAUCCCCUGCUGAUUUUGUACGUUUGUCCACUGACAAAGAAAUGAUCAGUCUAUCAUUUUAAUGGUAGGUUUAUUUUAACAGUGAGAGACAGAAUAACAACAACAACAAAUCCUGAAAAAUGCAUGUAAAAAAUGUUAUAAAUUGAUUUGCAUUUUAAUGAGGGAAAUAAGUAUUCGACCCCCUCUCAAUCAGAAAGAUUUCUGGCUCCCAGGUGUCUUUUAUACAAGUAACGAGCUGAGAUUAGGAGCACACUCUUAAAGGGAGUGCUCCUAAUCUCAGCUUGUUACCUGUAUAAAAGACACCUGUCCACAGAAGCAAUCAAUCAAUCAGAUUCCAAACUCUCCACCAUGGCUAAGACCAAAGAGCUCUCCAAGGAUGUCAGAGACAAGAUUGUAGACCUACACAAGGCUGGAAUGGGCUACAAGACCAUCGCCAAGCAGCUUGGUGAGAAGGUGACAACAGUUGGUGCGAUUAUUUGCAAAUGGAAGAAACACAAAAUAACUGUCAAUCUCCCUCGGCCUGGGGCUCCAUGCAUGAUCUCACCUCGUGGUGUUGCAAUGAUCAUGAGAACGGUGAGGAAUCAGCCCAGAACUACACGGGAGGAUCUUGUCAAUGAUCUCAAGGCAGCUGGGACCAUAGUCACCAAGAAAACAAUUGGUAACACACUACGCCGUGAAGGACUGAAAUCCUACAGCGCCCGCAAGGUCCCCCUGCUCAAGAAAGCACAUAUACAUGCCGUCUGAAGUUUGCCAAUGAACAUCUGAAUGAUUCAGAGGAGAACUGGGUGAAAGUGUUGUGGUCAGAUGAGACCAAAAUGGAGCUCUUUGGCAUCAACUCAACUCACCGUGUUUGGAGGAGGAGGAAUGCUGCCUAUGACCCCAAGAACACCAUCCCCACCGUCAAACAUGGAGGUGGAAACGUUAUGCUUUGGAGGUGUUUUUCUGCUAAGGGGACAGGACAACUUCACCGCAUCAAAGGGACGAUGGACGGGGCCAUGUACCGUCAAAUCUUGGGUGAGAACCUCCUUCCCUCAGCCAGGGCAUUGAAAAUGGGUCGUGGAUGGGUAUUCCAGCAUGACAAUGACCCAAAACACACGGCCAAGGCAACAAAGGAGUGGCUCAAGAAGAAGCACAUUAAGGUCUUGGAGUGGCCUAGCCAGUCUCCAGACCUUAAUCCCAUAGAAAAUCUGUGGAGGGAGCUGAAGGUUUGAGUUGCCAAACGUCAGCCUCAACCUUAAUGACUUGGAGAAUAUCUGCAAAGAGGAGUGGGACAAAAUCCCUCCUGAGAUGUGUGUAAACCUGGUGGCCAACUACAAGAAACAUCUGACCUCUGUGAUUGCCAACAAGGGUUUUGCCACCAAGUACUAAGUCAUGUUUUGCAGAGGGGUCAAAUACUUAUUUCCCUCAUUAAAAUGCAAAUCAAUUUAUAACAUUUUUGACAUGUGUUUUUCUGGAUUUGUUGUUAUGCUGUCUCUCACUGUUCAAAUAAACCUACCAUUACAAUUAUAGACUGAUCAUUUCUUUGUCAGUGGGCAAACGUACAAAAUCAGCAGGGGAUCAAGUACUUUUUUCCCUCACUGUACUUACAAGAGCGCUAUUACAAAGCAUCACAAAAUGUUCUUUGAAACCCCUGUCACAAUGACCCAGGGAUGACAUUCCUAAAUACAAUCAUGUGAUAUAGAGGUGAUUUACAGAAGGUUUACAGACAGACAGGUUAAGCAGCUUCUCUGCCUCAUUUUCACAGCAGACACUUCCAAAUAGGUGCAUAGUGUGGUAAUGUACGUUCACAGACAGGUAGAACAGGUGUGUGACCCUGACCUGGGAGUAACGUUGCCUCGGUCUUCCAGGUGUUGGGUGUGAAGCUUCCUAACGUGUUUGGCCGUGCUGAGAAGUUAACCUUCCAGUUCUCCUACGGGACCAAGGAGACUUCCUACGGCCUGUCCUUCUUCAAGCCCCAGCCAGGCAACUUCGAACGCAAGUACGAACAGUGAACACCUUUGUCCUUGCUCUCUGUGUCAAUAGAAAAUUGAAAUAGCACUUGCAGUGUAAUGGCUGCCAUUUUGUUUCAAGUUUGAUUGUUUCUAUCAGUGGUCAUAUUGACAGUAUGUUAUGUUGCCAUGGUGAUGUAUUUAUAACCUUUAUGUAGAACAUAGUUCAGUAAUGAGACGGUCACUGUAUGGAUCAUGGCCCUGACAGGUGUUGUCUUGUUGCAGCCUCACUCUAAACCUGUACAAAGUCACAGGCCAGUUUCCAUGGAGCUCCCUGAAAGAGACAGACAGAGGUGUCUCCACUGAGCUCAACGUAAGAGGACUCCUACUGUGUGUGUUUGUGUGGGUCUGUGUGUGUCACAUGUGUUGUUUUCAUUUAAUCUGCCUUGAAUUUCCACAGGGAUAACUGUCUCUCUCCAUCUCUCCCUCCUCGCUCUCUCUCCUAUAGUUUCCUCUGUGGAGGACCAACCACACUCUGAAGUGGGAGGGUGUGUGGAGGGAGCUGGGCUGUCUGGCACGCAGUGCCUCUUUCGCUGUGCGAGAAGAGAGCGGACACACCCUCAAGUCUGCCCUCUCGGUACAAAGCCCUUUGUCUCUCAGUUCCCUUUAUCUAAUGAUCGUAACCCUUAAUGAUCUUAACUCUCAAAGUAGCAAGAAUCUAUCGGAGUCUGACCACUGAUGGUUGUUGUCUUGCAGCACACCAUGUCCAUUGACACCAGGAACUCUGCCAUCUUCCCCAAGAAAGGUGCGUUACUGAGGAUCAACCAGGUAUGUUUGUGUAUGUGACUUCCUCUGCAUAAUACAACCACUGUAGAUCUAUAUGAAGUGGCCAUGCUGAUGUGUGUUGUGUCUUGCCCUCUGUAGGAGCUGGCUGGCUAUACAGGCGGAGACGCCAGCUUCCUGAAGGAGGACUUUGAGCUGCAGUUCAACAGACGGCUGGUCUGGGACUCGGUAAGGGAACACUACUCAGUCCCUAACCUGGGGGAAUAUCCAGGGCAAAUAGGAAGUGAUUUAUGGGUACCUGAGUGUUCAACAUUUCAUAUAACAUGGCCCUGGUGGUCUCUUUUAGGUCCUCUCUGCCUCCCUCUGGGGUGGGUGUCUCCUCCCCAUCGGAGGCAGACCGUCCUCCAUCGCUGACAGGUAGGACCACUCAACAGAAUAAUGUCACAUGGAUUUGACAGAAAUCGCUAGGUGGCGCUAUGGAGUUAAAACUCAUUCUGUGAAGUAUUUAUCCUCGAGUGUUUUAGGGGAUGUUAGAGGACCUGUGGUCUGUGAGUGACAUUUUUGUCAUUGACAUCUUUCUGUAUUGUCCAGAUUCUAUCUGGGCGGUCCCACCAGUGUGCGAGGAUUUGGAAUGUACAGCAUCGGCCCACAGAGCGAGGGUGAGGUCACAUGCUCUCUAUUUAUUUGAAUGGCCAUGUGUGGUGCACAGGGUUGUGUCAGUUGCCAGGAGUCAUGAUGAUAAAAUGUAAGGGUUUACCUGUGUUACUGCAGGUGACUACCUGGGGGGAGAGGCGUACUGGGCAGGCGGGCUCCACCUGUACACUCCUCUGCCCUUCCGUCCGGGCCGGGGCGGCUUCGGAGACCUCUUCAGGACACACUUCUUCCUCAACGCUGGGAACCUGUGCAACCUCAACUAUGGUGGGUACCUUGAACUCCAUAGAUAGUAGUCAAUGUUGUGUUUUUCAUUGCCCCCAUUUAACUAAUGAUGAUUUACAUAUACAGUACAUACUGCAAAUAAAUGUUAAAUUGUCUGUUUGUACAUCUAUGUGUGCAUGCUGCCUCUUCUGUGCCUCCUCUUACGUGGAAGUGUUUUCCUGUCUCCAGGAGAAGGUCCAAGAGCACACCUACAGAAGCUGGCUGAGUGUAUCCGCUGGUCGUAUGGAGCAGGCCUCGUGUUGCGUCUUGGGAACAUCGCCAGGCUGGAGCUCAACUACUGCAUUCCCAUGGGGGUUCAGAGUGGAGACAGGUACAACGCACACACACACACACACACACACACACUCGGGGAGUAGGUCAGACUCCGCUCCAUUAGGCUGGGGCUUUAUAUAGCUCUCUAGAAAAAAGCCUGAGAGCAGACUCGCAUACACUCACUCACAGAGAUGGUAGAACAAGAGAUGAGUUAUUGCUGCAGUGCCAUACAGCUCAUUAUAUGCUGUAAAUAAACAGACACAGGAGCCCUAACACCUAGCCAUACACAUACAGGUCCCAAACCUUUUCUUUGGCUUAUCUUUCCCUCGUUUUCCUUUCCUCCCUCAGGAUAUGUGACGGCGUCCAGUUUGGAGCAGGAAUCCGCUUCCUGUGAUGUCUUCACUUUGCCGCCCGGGUCCAGCAGCAGAGAGCACGAUGGGAAAGGGAGGAGAGCAUUGUCACUUGUUAUCCGUUGAGUUUAACACUAGCUGUGGGAACCUACCAGAAUGCACGGUCCUGGAGGAGUGCCCCGCCCCCUUUUGAUAUUAACCAAUGAUAUCACCCACUAUGUUUGCUGUGUUACUUUUCCACCAACCAAUUACGUUUCUGGCCAGACAGAGAUUUGGGCAUAUUUUCUUUUUUUCAUUUUAGUCAUUUAGCAGACGCU